GAUUUUUAACAAGUUUUCGAGUUAAAAAUGUUCUUAUUAUUCGACAGUUUCGUAUUUUUAUAUUAAUUUUACGUAAUUCUCGUUGGUCUCAGGUUGACAAACAGUGGUCUUCGGUUCAAUCAAGAUGGACAAUAACAAAGCACCUCCGAAAAUCGUGAAAAAUCCUUUACUCCAGAACGCCAGCUAUGGAUUUCCUUUUGCAAAUGCCUUAGUGGUUCCUGUAUCGAAAGAAGAAACGUCAUCUAUCACAGAUUCGGGCGAAAUCGAUAGCUUCAUCGGGCAAGAAUCAAGUCCAACUGAAGCAGUCCCAUUAUUAAACUCGAUUGUCAACGAGAAUUCCUCGUUUAGAAAUAACAUCACAAGCGAACAAUCUGUACCCUUAGUGGUUCCAGCUUCUACGAGCUCAUCGGAUUCGGUUGCUCAACUUCCUGUUGCAUCUUCUACUCCUUUAACUGCCGCUACAACAGCUGCGAGAUUACCUCCAAGUACUCAGAAUCUAUUCUCAAGUGGAUUGAAUCAUCAUCAGCAGUAUCAGCAGCCCAGCUUUUUCACUCCGAGUUUUCCUCCACGAUCUGAUCACGGAAAAAAGACCCCCGAAAACUUGGAAUUUUUUAACGUUGGUGCUAACUCAGCAGCUGGUGAAAGUAACAGCGAACCUUUCGUGCCUCAGUUUUUUAAUCCGGGACAGUUCGAAGCUCGAUCGCCGACUCAGAUUGAUAGUUCUGUUUUGCCACCGCCUGGAUCUUGUGCGACUCCAGUUUCAGGUUCAGCGAACAGUUUCCGUCUGGGCAAUCUAAAGAAACCGACCUACGCUCCGCUGCCUGGGCUCUCAUCGACGACUAAUGUGAGCCAACCGAAUUUCGUACACUUCGCAGCUACACCGAACAAUAUAAAUCACUUGCCGCCUUCUCCAGUACCAGAUACGACUAGUAGUGGUCCCCAAGGCAUGAGUAAUAGUUUCCCUGGAACUCCGAGUUCCACUGGUCCUUAUAAUACUACCACGAUACCUUUGAAUUCCGGUGACACGAUGAGGAGUGAUCCUCCUAGACCUUCGGUUAUGUCGACUGAGAAAUCAUUGUAUAGGCCAGUCUAUCAUCACUGGUUCUACAGAAAGGAUACCGAGAAGAAUUGGUUUUAUCAUAAAGAAGGCGAUUUGAAAAGUUUAUGGAAACCGUUCAGUAUGACUGAUUCUUUGGCUCUAGAAAGAGCUUAUAGUUUACCUACCUUGAAUGAUAAAACAGUCGUACCAACGGACGGUUCGCGAUACGAUGUGAAUAUCGUGAAACGUGAAAAAACAGCUGUGUAUUGGGAUGAGCGUAAAAGCGUCGUGAGAAGAUGCUCGUGGUUCUCGAAAGGAUCCACCGAGAGUUACUAUAUCCCUUACGAGGAAGAUGUUGCAGCUAAAUUGGAGGAAGAAUACAAACUAGGUAUGGUAACUGGACUCUGGAAUAGAAGAAUCGACGUCGGAAGCGAAGAAGUCAUCAUGCAUAAUAUGUCUUUAAUCACCCAUCAAGUGAAAUGCUCCAAUGUUACCAUCGAAGUGGCCUCUGAUUCGUCUAUUAUUUAUAGACCAAUGAGACGUCGAUCGAAGGUUAAAAGAUGGAUACGUAAUUCGUACGAGGAUCAGUGGGCUACUUUGACCAAUCAGCCUUCACAACUUAAACCCAGAAUGGUGAAACGAGGCGGUUUCGACGAUUUUGAUAUCGAAGAUGGCGAACCAGAAAAAGUAGACCAUUUGUUAUUUUUAGUGCACGGCAUAGGGCAAUUUUGCGAUCUUAAAUUUCGUUCUAUUAUCGAAGUGGUGGACGAAACUCGAAGCAUAUCUUUACAGCUGACUCAGUCACAUUUUCAAGAAUCGUGCGAAUUGGGCGAAGUCAACCGUAUUGAGAUAUUACCGGUAUCUUGGCAUAAAGCACUACACAGCGAAGAUACCGGAGUCGAUAAACGUCUGAAAAACAUCACACUUCCGUCUAUCCCUAGACUGAGAGAUUUCGCCAAUGAUACCAUAUUGGAUCUGCUAUUUUAUACGAGUCCGGUGUUUUGUCAAGUGAUCGUGAACGCGGUUGCGAACGAGAUGAAUAAAUUAUUCGAUAUAUUCUCGAGAAGAAAUCCGGAUUUUAAUGGUAAAGUUUCCGUCGGCGGACACAGCUUGGGAUCGUUGAUUUUAUUCGAUUUACUCAGCAAUCAGCCUGCCACUCCUCACGAACCGGAAUCAAAUAUCGUGGAUGAUUUGAGCCACGAAUACGACAAAAGACUGACGACGAUGACGAGAAGAAUUUCAGUAGUGACGAUAGGUAAAGCUGGCACGGGGCAACCGUUGAUUAAAUAUCCGAGAUUGAGUUUUAAUCCGGUGUUUUUCUUCGCUUUUGGAUCUCCUAUUGCUUGUUUCGUGGCUACUCGAAGUAACGAGAUCCUCGGCGAAGAUUUCAAAUUCCCAACUUGCAAAGGAUUUUUCAAUAUUUUCCAUCCGUACGAUCCGAUCGCCUAUCGUAUCGAGCCGUUGAUAAUACCUUCGAUGAGCACCGUGAAACCGGUCCAGGUUGCUCAUCAUAAAGGACGUAAAAGAAUGCAUCUUGAAUUGAAAGAUACGGUAUCUCAUGUUGGUCAAAGACUCAUCGAUACGGUAAAAAAUACUUGGAACAUGGUGUAUCAUUUGGCCAUCAAUAAAAGCGUCGAUGCAGCCGAGUCCGUUAUUCAGCAAGAAUUAAGUCACGUUCUGCAAACCAGCGAAGCUCUCACCAAUAAACCAGUCAAUCCGAAUGUCGUACCGAACGAACCGGUCAUCGAAGGCACCAAUAUCAAAGUGGGUUGUCUAAAUGGUGGCAAAAGAAUCGAUUUCGUACUGCAGGAAGCUCCAGUAGAAUAUUUCAACGAAUAUUUGUUCGCUUUAGCUAGUCAUCUUUGUUAUUGGACAUCCAGAGAUACAAUGUUACUCGUACUGAAGGAAAUCUACGGCGAUAUGGGCAUUUUCACGGAUAACCAAGUACCGCAGACCAUCCUACCAUUCGACAUCACCGACGGUGAAACAUCCAGCGAAGGAUCCAGUCGAAGUUUUAUCAGAGACCCUACUCUACCGAUGAGUGAAAGUAUCAACUUAGGACCGCCCCCCAAAGCAGGCUUCAUGCGAAAAUAAUCGUUCAACGAAAUCGCAUCGACAAUAAAAGUGAUCGUAGCAGCUACCGAUUAAUAAUUGUUUAUUUUGUUGUGGUUUUUUUUUUUUGUACGUAGUACGUACCUCUACCUACCUUGAUUUUUUUUCUUACUUGUUGAGUUGAUGUGAAAUUUGUUAUUCCUCUGAUGUCGAAUGUUAUCUAGGAUAAUGUAUGAGUUUACUCCCCUUUACGUAUAUUAUUCUUUACCUGCUGUUUUUAUUUUUAUUUUUUUUUUAAAUCGACUGUUUUUCUUUUUUGAUGUUGUUGUUUUAUUUUGUAUACGCCAUAGUUUUUCUCCCCUGUUUUUCCAACAUCACCCCCAUGAUUUUAUUUAUUCAUUUUUAUUUAUUAUUUAUUUUUUUUAUAUACGCGGAUACGUCGUGAUGAUUCGUUGAUGUUUAUGUAGUGAUGUACUUUGAUGUUUAAUGUGUUUUUUUGUUCGAAUUACACGAAUUUUACGUUAGUAAA